AUGAGAGCUGUUAAACCAGAUACCAUUUUCGAAUCAAUAAUGAACGAUGACAUAGUGGCAUUUACAUCAUUCACAGAAAGAGAAGAUUUUGAUAAAAAUGAUGUUCUUGUUUCUCCUUUCAUAAUUAAGGGAAUACGAUACUCAUUACUUGAAGUUUGUUGUUAUUAUGGUGCGACAAAAUGUUUUUCUUUCUUAAGAGAAAAAUUUGAUUCAGAAAUAACAAAAAGAUGCCUCCUAUUUUCAAUUCUUAGUGGAAAUCAUAGUCUUGUAAAAGAAUGUCUAAAAGUUGUUGAACCAGAUGAUGAAUGCAUGCGGUAUGCAAUAUUAUCACAUAAUAUUGCUUUUGUUACAUUUUUGAUGAUAGAAUACAAAUUAACCAUAAAUUUAUUUUAUUGUGGUUGUUAUCAUAAUCUUCAAGCAUUCUUUGUUUAUUUGGAUCAAACAAAUGAUAUCAAGGAAUGCUUUCUUUAUUCACCAUUUUUCAAUAUUCCAUCCCUUUGCCAAUAUUUCCUUGAUCAUGGUGCAAGUAUUAAUGAUAGAGACAAUGCACUUAAUAAAACAGCUCUUCAUGUUGCGGCCUGUGUAAAUGCAGUAGAAACAGCAAAAUUCCUUAUUGCAAAUGGUGCGAUUGUCAAUAUAAAAGAUAAUAAUGGAAUGACGCCUCUACAAUUUGCAGCAAGGCAUAAUUCUAAAGAAAUGAUUGAGCUUUUGAUAGCGAACGGAGCAAUCAUAUCUGAUCGAAAUAAUGAAAAUAAAUCUGCUCUUUAUUUGUCAACAGAGAAUGAUGCUGGCGAUGCUGCAGAAGCCCUUAUAUUACAUGGCGCAAAUGUUAAUGAUUCAUAUAAUUAUGGAGAAACGGUUCUUCAUGUUGCAGCAGAUUUAAAUAAAUGGAAUAUAGUAUCUGUUUUGGUUUCUCAUGGUGCAAUCAUUAACGCUAAAGAGUAUAAAAAUGAAUCAACUGCACUUCAUAAAGCUGCAAUGAAAGGUAAUACUUAUAUUGUGAAAAUUCUUCUUUCACAUGGUGCUGAUGUUAAUUCAAAAGAUUCUUAUCGGAAAACAGCACUUGAUUAUGCAAAAGAAAACGGCAAUGAGAAAAUUGAAAAACUUUUAAUAUCGCACGGCGCAAUCCCCAAUUCAAUGGAUAAUUAA